GCAGACAAGCACACGACGCGAGCUAGAGCAAAAGCACGCCGCAAGCAACUAGCAGCUCUAGACUGCUAGAGCCUAGAGCAAGAGGCACGCGAACGCGCGCGGCAAUGGUGAUCGGGGGCGAGGAGUACUGCGCCGCCGAGGAGCGGGUGCUCACGGUGCGCAAGACCUCCCACUUCUCCCCCGGCGACGGCUUCGCGGCCUACGACCACCGCACCGGCGGCCUCGCCUUCCGCGCCGACACCUACGGCCGGGGCCACGGAGGGGGAGCCGCCUCCGCCGGCGAGCUCGCGCUCCUCGGCCCCGCCGGCGAGGCGCUCAUUACCGUGCGCCGCCGCCGCCCGUCACUGCACAACCGAUGGGAGGGCUUCCUCGGCGCCCGCGCCGACGGCCAGAAGCCUCUCUUCUCUGCUCGUCGCUCCUCUAUCCUCGGCGGAGCCGCGGCCGGAGCUGUCGUCGAGCUCCUCGGCCCGCUCACCCCCUCCCUCCCUUCCGCCCACGCCGCCGCCGAGCUCCGUGUCGACGGCUCCUUCCCGCGGCGUUGCUGCCGCGUGGUGGUGCCCAGGGCCGAGUCAGGCGGGGAGGCGGUGGUGGCAGAGAUCAGGAGGAAGGUGGACGAGGGCGCCCGGGUGGUCAUGGGCAGGGACGUGUUCGUCCUGCGCGUGGGCGCCGGGUUCGACGCGGCGUUCGCCAUGGCGAUCGUCCUCGUGCUCGAUCAGAUCGCCGGCGACGAGGACCACGGCGACGCCGGAGAAGAAACCAACCGCGGCAAGAUUUGGUGAUGGAGUCGUGCGCGCGCUUCGUGAUCUUUUCUCGUAUAGCACUCUCAAUUUCCUCUUCUUUCCGGCGCUUUGUGCGUGUUGGUGUGUAUACCUGCUCGUUCCGGAGAAAACGGCGAUGUGCGUUCAUCUUAUUAUCGAGCCUUGUAACUUGUACAUAGAAAAUUAGCGAUCACCACAAUGGCAAAAGAACUCUGCUUUUAAGUCUGAACCAUCGAUACAAAUGCAUGUGUUCUUGCAGCUCUUCUUUGUUCAUCAGAUUCUGCAUCCCUGCUUCGUUUUUUUUCUUUCUAUUCUGUAAUCUGCAUCAGCGCAGUAUGGAGCGGCGUUCAUUUUCAAUUGCUUGACUUUUCACUGGCCACUUGCCCACUUUGGCAAUCCUCCCUCAGCAGCUUCGCUGACAACACAAGAAUGUAAGGCCUUCGUUGGAGACUUGGAGUCAGCAUGGUGGAAAAGAAAACUGUAUGAUAGCGAAGUGAAGCCGGCCAAGUUAUGGAUUGGAGAAGAAAAGUUCCACGUGUACCCUAAGCUUUGAAUGCCUAUCUUCUCGAACUUUAGAAUUAGCCAUGAAGUC